AUGCUCCAGAACGUCACUACACUUGACACCACCGACUCGUCUUCAUCGGACUCCAACUCCUCCACGGCCACACCUACCACCUGUCUGCCUUCCCAUGACGUCGCGAUCGGAGCAGGGGUGGGUGUCCCACUGGGCGCGAUUGCUAUACUGUUGCUGAUUUGGGCACUGUUGGAACGGAGGAAGGCAAGCCGGGCCUUGCAGUCCCAACCUGCGGCGUUGGGUGGCGGUUACAGUGCUUCUGGACACGCGACUGCUGCUGCUGCGUAUAUGAACAUCACUGAGAUGAAUGCGCACCCGCCGGUAGAUUGGUCAAAAGGAAAGAAAUGGACUUUUACCGUCGUUGCCUCUCUCAUGACAUUCUCUGCCACGUUUGCGAGCAGCGUAUUCAGCACCGCGGAAAAGCAAACGGCGGCGGAAUUUCAUGUGUCCCAUGAAGUGACGAUAUUGGGGCUUAGCCUGUUUAUGUUAGGAUACUGCUUUGGACCUUUGCUAUGUGGCCCAUUAUCCGAGAGCCAUGGGCGUAGUUUACCGCUGAUGCUUGGUGUGAUCGUCUUCUGUAUCUUUCAAGUGCCCGUGGCCGUGGCCCAGAACAUACCUACUACUGUAAUCUGUCGCUUUAUCGGCGGACUGUUUGCUUGCUCGCCGCUGUCAAUUGUUGGCGCCAUUCUUGCGAAUAUCUGGGAUCCGGUAGAACGGGGAAUUGCCGCAUGUAUAUACUCUGGUGCGACAUUCUCGGGGCCAGUUCUGGGUCCGAUUGUAGGCGGUUUCGUCGUUGAUAGCUAUCUCGGUUGGAGGUGGACAGCCUGGCUGACUCUUAUUCGGGAGGUCUAUUUCUGGGUUCUGGGAAUGGUGUUUGUGCCUGGGACGCAUGCUCCGACGUUGUUGCGCUGGUUCCAGGCUCGUGAAUGCUCUUCUGAUGCAAGGGACGAGCUAGGGCGAGCGAAUGCAAAUCUGCCAGUAAGCCACAUGAAUUGGAGGGAAUUCACGACGAAAUACUUAGCACGGCCACUUGUUAUGUUGGCAUCGGAGCCCAUCCUUCUAUUAACAACCCUGUAUAUGUCCCUAGUCUAUGGAACAUUGUAUCUCUUCUUCGAAGCAUAUCCCAUCUCGUUUCAGGACCAGCGUGGAUGGAAUGCCGGCGUGGGGGCGUUGCCUUUUCUGAGCAUAACCAUACGUGUCGUCUUUGGUAAUCUGACCAUAGCAGCAACAACUGCCUUCCACCUAAAACGCAAAUACAAUGAAGGCGGUGGUAAAGUCGCACCGGAGGAACGCUUGAUCCCCAUGAUGGUCGGUGCCGUCGUUUUACCACCAGGACUAUUCUGGUUUGCAUGGACCAGCAGCACUCACAUCACCUGGGUACCUCAAGUCCUGGCAGGUAUUCCGAUUGGGAUGGGUAUUCAGGUCAUAUAUACGAUGGGCCUCAACUAUAUUCUUGACGUGUAUACACCUUAUGCUGCUAGCGCUGUUUCAGAGUAUACUUUCGUCCGAUCCAUGGCCGCUGCAGGGUUCCCACUGUUCGCUACCCCGAUGUACGACCGUUUGGGUAUCAGCUGGGCGACGUCGCUGUUGGGGUUUGUGUCGGUGCUCAUGAUGCCAGUACCGUUAUUGUUCUAUGUCUAUGGGGAACGAUUAAGGAAGCUGGGCCGCUAUAGUGUCAAGUAA